AUGUUUUGGGUGAGUAUCUCAGCCAAUCAGGACGUUGAGACGGACAUGGAGACCUUCCAGAUGGAGAUCGACCCAGAGAGCAAGAAGACCAUGUUCAGGACCAACGGGGGGUCCUACUGGACCCUGGUGUCUCACGGCGAGAUCCAGUCCACCGCCACAGAAGUACAACCCGAAACCAAGUUCGACAUCGAGUGGCGUGGGCCGCGGCUGGUGCUGAAGGCCAGCAACGGGAAGUACGUCUGCACGAAAAAGAACGGGCACCUGUCGGCCGUCAGCGACAGCGCCGGCGAUGACGAGCUGUUCCUGAUGAAGCUCAUCAACCGCCCGCUGCUCAUCCUGCGGGGAGAGAGCGGCUUCGUGUGCCACCACAAGUCCUCCAACACGCUGGACUCCAACCGCUCCGUCUACGACAUCUUCACCCUGCUGUUCAGCGACGGGGCCUACCACAUCCAGAGCGUGGGCGGGCGGUUCUGGUACGUGGCCCCCAGCGGGGCGGUCUGCUCCGACGGGGAGGGCCCCGAGGACUUCUUCCUGGAGUUCCUGGAGCACGGCCGGGUGGCCAUCAAGACGGCGGCCGGGGGCUACGUCCGCGGGGACCAGGGGGGCCUCCUGACCGGGGACGGGGCCCGGCCCGACGCCACCUCCCUCUGGGAGUACUGA